AUGAUGAAAGACACCAAUGAGCCAUGUGAGGUAGUGCAGCAGAAGCAGAAGAAUCUGUCGGUGCACUUCCCACGCAAGAAAGAGAUUAUACAGGUAGAAGAAAGUCAAUUGACACCAUAUGACUAUGCCAAGUCGAGUGGCAGGGCUACAUCAGCGGUUGUCAUAACUGAACCUAAAGGCAAAAGCAUGCCUAUGAAAUGGAUGAGAAGAGUGGAUCAGUUGCUGAUCCAGAAUAUAUUUAGCAACAAACGGCUGUAUCAGAGGUUGAAGCGUAUUAGCUUCCCCGAGGAUGGAGCUGGUAUUUCCUUUGUGAUGGGCAUAAACUGCAAUACGGGAGUACCAUACUCAUGUAUGAAUGAACUGGCAAUCGGAAAACUGUGGAUGUUUCUACGAGAUAGCUUUAUGGAAGCAGAUCAAGGCCGAGCUAUUGGAGGGAUUCAUGUGGGCGGACACAUCAGUACGAAGGAACCAGAUCAGGAACACGUUACGUGGGGCAUCUUAACCUCACUCGAUAGGCGAGACGGAUGCGGAAUUGGUCAGUGGACUGGAUGUCAGAUGUGGUCACUCACGUAUUACUCGGAUUACCGAAACCGGCAGUCGCAAAGGUUCGCUAUGUUUAUGAUGGAUUCAGUAGCUAAUGGGGCUAUCAUUGGGAUGAACGAGAAACAAGAGCAGAGUGAAGUCUUUCGAACGAAUGAAGAUAGUGAAAUGGGUGUUGAUCAUACUGAUCAUAAGUACCCACCAUGGAAAGAUGCGAAGAGAGACGAGCGAGGUCUACCAGAGCCGUUACAGCCCAAAGACCUCGGGAAUAACCAAGCGCUGGUUGAGAAAAUGAAACUGGAUGACGUGAUGAAGAUUAUCAAUGUUACUGACAACCCAGAUUUGUCUGAGCAAGACUGCAGGACGUUGCGUGAGAUGGUGGCGUACUGUUGGGGCAUGUUCGACGACAUGCUCCGCCCUGUAGAUUCGGAUCCGGUUGGAAUAGAAUUCAAGGAUCCUCAGCAGCAGCCAGUCAAGUUACAGCCGUAUCGGUGUAACGCGGGUUACAGCGAGAGCGCUGGAGCGUCUCUUGUCGAAAUCAGCAAAGACUUCACAGGCGAUUCUGUGGCUCGGGCUGCCCGAGAGCGGCUUAUUUACUUUGGGUUCACCGCCUUGGUUUGCAUCAUCCCUGUGUGGUACCCCCUUGGUUUGCAUUGCUUUAUUCACUUUCCCGGUAUCCGCAGCCGAUACUUUCCUGGCUAA